AUGGCCGAGGCUCACGACAUUGUCGCGACAUCCAAGUUCAAGUCUUCGAAGCCUGCUAGCUCAGUCCGGUCACGGCAGCAGCAGGACGACGUGGUGGACGAUUGGGACGCUGAAAGCAGUGACGAUGGCAACAGCAAGGAUAAUGUGGACUCGAAACAAGCCGAUGUCUUUCACGCUUCCAAGGAGCAGUGGUCGGAAGCCAACGCACGAGCACCAGCUGCUGUUCCGAUUGUCGCCUCGGGUCACGCUCGUACUCUGCCAGGUGCAGCAUACGGAGACCGAAUGCAGACGAAAGACGGCCAGCAAGCUCGAGAUAUGCACAACGGCGGCAUGACAAUCGCGGCAGCUCCGCCGCGGAUCCUACAGCGUCCCAAAGAGGCCGUCCCAGGCAUGCGAAGUGAUGGAACAGCCGCCAAUGUGACGAAAGGAUCGCAAGAGCACAAGACGGUGGAGCAACGCCAAGAGGAGUAUCGCCUGGCUCGCGAGAGGAUCUUUGGCGUCCCGUCGCGACCCUCCUCUUCAGGCAGGGGUCGCUCGUCAAAAGAGAAGCCGUAG